AUGUCGACCAGACGUCGAGGUGCCACCUCGACAGACGAUUCGGCAGCAGCCACACCACCAAAUGAGUUCACUCAGCGAGGAGGCGGUCGGACAAAAAGAGGAGGUUUACAAUCACCAACCGAACCUGCAAUUCUUGGAUCACCGCCAACAGUUCAACCAAAUCCAUCGAUUAUGGCAGCUGCUGCGAAGGAUUCUAGGCGCCGAUCCGGCAGACAUGCUGAGAAUGAAACGAAUCAAUGCCCAUAUUGUGACUAUACCGAUCAACACAACUUUUCCAUGCUAGCUCAUGUCAGAAACGAGCACCCCGGGCUGAAGUGGAUCAAAAAAGAAGUCGAUCCUGAGGCACCGCGUGCUCCAAUUGUUGAAACUCUACAUGUAAGUGAUGUGGCUGGUCCAUCAAGCUCUUCUCCCCAACAACAACCUCCACAAGCCCCACGAAUGAAAGGAAGAAAAGCCAAAGUCACCGAAAUUUUGCCAACAUCACCAUCACGAGAAGAACCUGCACCGAAAAAGCGUGGACGACAACCCAAGAAACCGGAAAUCGACUUUAUGAAUGUCGAAGAUGUUGUUGCUGAGGAAAUCAUCAACACUGUUGAGGAAGAAAUUAUAAUACCCGAUGAAAUUGAUGAUCCUGGGUCCACAUAUAUCAUGGAAGGAGCUGAAAUGAAAGAAGACAGCAUUCCAAUUGGUAAACGCCGUCAAAUUCAUGCGCUUCCGCCAGAUGAUGAGAGCGACAAAAAGCACAUGAGUCAUCAAAUUCUUCGGUCUCCAAUCCGAGGUCCACUUCCGCGACGUCCACAUGACGCCGUUCUUCUCGACCCGCAAGUGGCAAUGCCUAAUCUCGAUGUUUCCGUGGACAAAAACCCGUAUGGGGGCGUGAAUAUUGGAGACAGUCUUCAAAGGACUUAUAUGGAGGAACAAAUUUUGUCCGAAAACGAUGAGUACAUUGAAGAACCACCCCAUCUUGACAAGAAUCUUCGACGAGGUGCACCGGGAACUUAUGCUCCAACGUACGACUCUAUGAUGAAUUUGGACGUGGAGGUACAAAUUGAGGAGGUUGAAUACAGCUCGGGAGCCGAAUUUGAUGAAAUUGACGUCGAAGGACAACACGACGAACUUUAUGAAGAUAAUAAACAUCUGAUGUACAGAAGUGCAAUGGGACAAAAUGUCCCGAGAACAAGACCAUCUCGACAUAAUCCACUUGGCGAUCCAAAUGGUCGUUAUCCAUGCUAUAUUGAAGGUUGUAAAUGGAGAGGCAACUUCCGCUCAGUCAGAUGCACUCAUAUGCGAAAUGUUCAUCCAGAUUGGGUUCGACCUCCUCGCUUUGUGCUUAAUCGUAUUGCGCGCGACGGUACUGUUCUCCCAGCUAACGAUGUCAAUGCGCGGUACUCAUGUUUCAUUGAUGGCUGUCCUUGGAGAGGAAACUACCGUGCCAGCCGUUCCAAUCACAUGAAAACUCAACACAAGGGAUGGGUUCCAAAGAGAACACGCGCAGCAAACGGAGGAUAUGUUGCGAAUGGACGUUAUCAUUGUCAUGUGGAGGAAUGCGGCUGGAGAGGCAUGAGUCGAUCGACUAGAGCAGUGCACAUGCGUCGAGAACAUCCCGGAUUUGUCAACCCAAUUUACACUCCAAGAAACAUUCCAUGUACGGAUUGUGGCUCAUCGAUGACUUCUCACAAACUUUUCGUGGAUCACAUGGUCGUUGAGCACAAGAUUGGAGGCAUUGUUCAAAGAGAAUUCUCGGACGUUCGUGAUUAUGAGGAUUGGUUCGAAGCAGUGCAAGAAUCUUUCUCAAUUGAUUUCAUCAAAAAGAUGGGCGUUAAGAACGGCCCUAAUUAUCAAAUUCUCUAUUUGUACUGCGCUAGAAGUGGAGGCUAUUGCCCUGCAAGAGGAUAUGAUAAAAAGCUUGAUCCAAUGGGCUUGUACGAACCUCGUCAUGCAAAGCAUUUCCGACGAAGAGACAAAUGCGGCCGAAACUGUGCUGCUUUCUUGCGGGUGAUGCACUGGAAUGAUGGACGGCUUUCGAUUAUUGGUUGCGUUGAACAUACUGGACACCGUUUGGGAACGGCUCUGUUGAGAUUGUCUCCUAUUGAGCGCGAAGCUAUGGAUGAAUAUCUUUACAUGAUGGAGGAGAACACACCACUUGAUUUGAUUAUUGAUCGUUUGCGAGAAAUCGAGGGUCUUUCUGCUGCUGGAUAUGAGCCGAGAUUGCGCCCCGUGGACUUUGUUCGACAAUUUGUUAUGGAUGGCGAUGAACGAAAAUCGCUGAACGUGCUACUUAACAACCUUGAGUUUUUCCCUGAGGAUUCGUCCUUUGGAAUUGUGCCUCCUCCAGAAGAUCAAUAUGCCUUAUCCGUUGGAUGGAUGGAUAGCCAAAUGAAAGAACUUUGGAAAGAAUACGCGCACAAAGGUGUCUGCUUGGAAGAGGUUCGGCUAAUGCUGGGUGAAUGGGAUUUGCGCGUGAUGCUGGUAAUCGUACUCGACAUGAAUCAAAACCCUCGCAUUGCUGCCUUGUAUAUUAGCAACAGCAGUGAUAAGCGUCCACUGAUGGAUCAUAUUACUUCCAUUUGGUCGGGCGAAGUUGCGACUUUUGUGACAGAUUACUCCAGCGAAUAUCCUGACUUGCUUGAGCGAUACUUUGGACAUUUCAGCGAGGGCGAGCUUGACUUACAAUUUGCUGAAUGGCAUUUACUAUCUGAAUGGGCUGCAACCAUUGACCAGUUGGUUAUGAACAGGGUUGAUAAGUAUGGCAUCAUUUGUGUGCUUCGAAGACUGCUGAGGACAACGGAUUCGGCUGUGUUUGAUCAAACUAUCAAUGAACUGUUUGAUGGACUUCGAGAAAUGCAACUCGAUGAAGUCGCUCAAUAUGUCGAUGAUCAAUUGGAUCCAAUAUUCUUGAAACGGUGGUCGCCAUCUGGGCGAAAUCCUCUCACGGAACACAAUAAUCCAACAUUGGAAUUUGCUUGCAGAAUGUUACGAGAGCGCUUCAUUGCUUGUGAACAGUGUACGCGGAUCGAUGAAUAUGUUGGCUUUUUGAUCCAACGUAUUAGAGAAUUUAAUGAGAGCGAGCUGUCUGCCAUUUACGCAACCCGCGAGUCUGACCCACCACGAGAACUACCACAACAUUAUAUGGAAUUGGCCCUCGAGGGAUGCGAACUGGGUGGUUCUGUAGUGCGACAUGAACUUGAUGACGAAGAAGGAGAAACUUGGGCUGAUUUUGGACAGAGGGCCAAUAGCAUUCAGGGAAUUCAUCCGCGCUUCAACCAGAUUGAGCUUUCGUACGACAAAUCUAGAAUUGUUGACAUGGAAGCUUCCGGAAGUGGACAAAAUGGUGCUAAGCCCCCGGGAAUGGAACUUUUGUAUGACAAGAAGAAUGAUGGUAGAAUGGACGAACUUGUUGAAGAAAUUGUUGAGGAAGAAGUCGUACCAUUUGAACAAGCGGAGCUUUUGAAUCAAAUGGUCCAAGAAGGAGAAUUCGUUGGAGACGAUGAGGAUUAUUCGCAGAGCAGUGGAGGUCGGCCGGAAGGAAAGCGGCAACGAUUAUUGAAUAUGAUGAGUGCUCUUCAACACAGAUUGGAGCAUUUGGCUGACGAUGAAUGUAUCGAACUUGUUGAAGGAAGCAUCGAACAGGUGGUCAACAAACUGCAAACCGCGACUCCAAAGAAG